UUUGUAACAGUUGGACAGACAGAACAUGCCGGUGUAACUUUGAAGCAAGAUGCUGAAACUACGGACACAAGUCCAUCUGACUCAAACACCAAGGAUGGUGAAGAUGCCGAGAAAGAGGGUGCUGAUACAAUUAAGCAGUUGCCGUCUUUGGAAGAAGAUGCAGAAGACCUUGACCAUGCAUCUGAGCCACAGUCUUAUGAUCUGGGUUUUAAAAAGGUUUUUAAAUUUGUUGGAUUCAGAUUCACAGUAAAGAAGGAAAAGACGGGAAAAUCGGAGCCGGUUCAACUGCUUACUGUAAAAAAAGAAACACAAGUCCCUGAAGGAGCUGAUGAUCAAAAAGUCAGCUCGGAAGAAACAGCAAUGCCAGAGGAUGCAUUCUCUGCAGAAGACAACACCAAAGAUCCGCUGAAAAAUGAAAAAACAGAAGACGAAUCUCCUAAAACGCCAGAAGCAAAUGAGAUUUGCUCUCAGUCAGCUGCCUUAGCCACUGAUACUGCAUCGCCAUUAAGAAAAUUUUUUACUCAGGGAUGGACUGGAUUUAGAAAAAAGAAGAGUUUUAGGAAGCCGAAAGAAGAUGAACUACAGUCUCCUGCGAAAGAAGAAGAGCAAGAAAAAGAGGGGGCAACAUUAACAACUGAAACCAGUGAAAAGGAGGAGGAAUGUCAGUUCAAGAAGCAAGAUGAAGAGAGGAAUGUGACAGCAGUAACUGUUGAAGCACAUGAGCAGGAGCAAACUGAAGGUGGAAAGCAGGAGUCAAAGACGCCUUUGGCAGCCCCAGGAGUUGAAGCAAGUGAGAAGGAAGAGGUAAUGAAGCCUGAUGAGGCAGGACAAAAAGAGGAUGUAGCAGCAGCAGUUGUUAUAGAAAGUGUGCAGGAGAAAAAAGCUGAAGAAGAUGAUCAAGAAAGGAAACUGGUGGAAGUCUCAGAAGAUUUUGGUAAAAAGGAAGAACAAAGUGCAGAAGGAGAAGAAAGUGAGGUGAUAGAGAAGCCACUAAAGACAAGGUCUCUGGUGCCUUUUAUCACUGACAGUGCGAAUGGAGAAUUGAAAACAUCCUUAGAAGUCCUACCUAUGGGAGAAAAACUGGAGUCGAUGCAGAAGUGUGAAAUAGAUGACAGAAGGGAAGAGAAACUUGAAGCAGGAUCUUUGGCACUUGAGAUUUCUAGUGAACAGCUUAAAGAAUCUGAAGGAAGAGAAGGAGGUGAAGCUGCUCCACUGGAGAAAGAACCAUUUGAUGAAAAAACGGGAGGAAAACCAGAGGAAGCAGACUUGAAAAUGUCACCCACAACAGAAGACAUCCCACAAGGAGAAGCUCCGGCUAGAAGCAAAGAGAAGAAAGCAAGCAAAGAACAUGAGACAAAAGUGACUCUGGGUGCUCCUGGAUUGAAGUCCUUUUCUACUUCUGAAUGUUCAGUUGACACACAGGAUGAUCAAGAGUCAACCAAACCCACUGAUGAAGGACUAGAGGGAAAAACUGGCACAGUUAUGACAGAUACUGUCAAAGCAGAUGAAAUAACCAUGGAAAUAACUCCUGAAGAAGCAGCUGGAAAGAGGCCUCCAGAAGGUAUCCCAAAUGAAGCUGAACUGCUGUCUUCUCAAGAAAAAACUAAACUACAAGGCAGCCCUUUAAAGAAACUCUUUACGGGUACUGGAUUAAAAAAACUAUCUGCAAAGAAGCAUAAAGGCAAAAGAGAAGAAUGUAAGUUAGGGGAACAGGGUGAACCAAUUCAGCACUUAUCGGAUUCCCCAGAUAGCCCAGAGGAACAAAAGGGGGAGAGUUCUGCUUCUUCUCCUGAGGAGAUGAAUGAAAUUCCAUCUUUGGAAAAAUCUGUAGAUGGAAUGCAAGUCACUGAAAAUGGAGAUGCUGCAAUUUCAGAUGUGGAGCGAAAAAGAGAAAGUGUUACACCCUGGGCAUCAUUUAAAAAGAUGGUGACUCCCAAGAAACGCAUCAGAAGACCUUCUGAAAGCGAUAAAGAAGAAGAAAUUGAUAAGACAAAGAGUGUUGCAGUGUCUGCAACUGAAAACACCGUUGAUGAAAAUCAAGGAGAAUUGAAAGAAAAUGGGAUGGAGCAGAAACCAGAGAAAAGCACAGAAGAGCCCAAAAGAAAGGUGGACACCUCUGUGUCCUGGGAAGCUUUCAUCUGUGUAGGCUCUUCAAAGAAAAGAGCCAGGAAAUCGUCAUCGUCUGAUGAAGAAACUGAACACAAGCUUGGCCAGGAAAGCCAGAAACUAGAAGAGUCUGGCCAGAGCAAAGAAAUGGCAGCAGAUGCACUUCUUACUAGUUCUCAGGAGAGCGAUCAAGGACAAGGGAAUUCUUCACCAGAACAAGCUGGAAGCCCCUCUGAAGGUGAAGGUAUUUCAACGUGGGAAUCAUUUAAAAGGUUAGUCACUCCAAGAAGGAGAUCCAAAAGCAGAAUGGAAGAAAGAACCGAAGACUCUGUUGUGGGAUCUAGCCUGGAGCAUUCGACAUCGGAUGGUGAGCCUGGAAAAGAUGAGUCGUGGGUUCCAUUUAGGAAACUGAUGCCUGGACGUAGGAAGAAAAAGUCAGAUGGAAAGCCUGAAGCAACUCAUCACAAACAAGCAAGAGAAGACAUGGCAGAAACAACUGAAGAAGAUUCGGAUAUUCCAGCUGUUGUACCUUUAUCCGAAUACGAAGCAGCAGAGCAGGAGAAAAUGGAAGCCCAACAAGCAAAAGAUUGUGAAGCGAUGAGAGAACGAACCUCGGAGCAAGAAAACUUGGAGGAGACCCUAAGAACUGAGCAAGCACCUGAAGGGCUUGUCCAUGCGAUUACUGUUACCGUUGUGGAAGGGGAAAGGGCGGUUACAAGUAUUGAAGAAAGGUCACCAUCUUGGAUAUCUGCUGCUUUGACAGAGUGCAUUGAGCAGGCAAAAGAAGAGGAAGAAACCGAGAAAAGGUUUGAAUCAGACAUUAUUGUGGAAGAACCAGUGGUAGCUGUGAAGACGGUGCCCGAGACGAGAAAGGACAGAAGUGACGACACCACAGCAAGUGAGCUGGAGCUAACCUCAGAAGCAGUGACGGCUCUGGAGGAGGCGGCAGAGGUUUCCUGCGCUGAGGAAACAAUAGAAGCGUCCCUUGCAGAGGAAACAACUGAGAUGGUUUCGGCUGUAUCGCAGUUGUUAGAAACUCCAGAUACUACAGAGGAAGUUACACCUGUACAAGAAGUAGAGGCCACUGAACAAAACUUGCAAGAAUUAGACAAACAGACACAAAAAGUUCUUCAUGAAGUUGCUGAAAGAGUGAAGUCAUCAGAUGUAGCACAGCUGGUUAGUGAAAGAACCAUGCCAGCAGCUCUAAUUGCAACAGUGGAAGGAAUGGAGUCAGAAGUGAAAGAUGAUGCUAAAGAUGGGGAUGUUGUAGGCCAGGAAACUGUUUUGCUUGAGCAGUCCUUGAAGAAAGGAGAACGCGAGGAGGAUGGCCUCCAGCCCCAGGAAGGUAGAGGGAGCAUUCAGGGCCAAAAUGGAGUUGAAGAGAAUGUUGUACACGAAGGUUCAGAGAGAAUGGAAAUAUCUGCUGCAAUGCACGAAAGCACAGAAGGAUGUGCAAAUGUAGAUGGAUUGAGAGAUGAAAUCCAGAGGCAGGUCUGUGAAGAAGCAAUUGUAGAAGACCAUGAAGAAAUACGUGAAGCGCAGAGGACAGAGGAACCUUCAUCAGACGACACAGAAUUUCACAGCAUCAAAGCAGUCGCAACCAAGGAGGAGCCGUUUGCGAAGCAGGAGCCUUCAGAACAAGAGAAACCACCUAUAACACAGUUGACAGUAGAGGAGACAAGAGAUGAAUGUAUUCCAGAUGUACAAACUGCGGUGCAGGACAAGACAGAGGAUGAAACCUCCUCCUUGGGGCUUACAGCUGAAGAGCCUGGGCAGCCUGAAGGAGAGGGCAAAACUCUCACAGUGGGACCAGAGUGCACAGAAACAGUUGUCACUGCGGUCCCUGUUAACACUGAAAGACAAGCUGAAACUCCGGACUUGGACUCACCAGAGCAAGCUGAUACUAAAGGAGUUCCUAGCAGGGCACCUGCCCGGAGAGAGGAAGAGGAAGAUGAUGCUGUGCUCCUUGGAGUAGCACGCACAGCAGUGACUGAGCUUCCACUGCAGAAUGAGGUAGAAACCUCUGCCCUUCUUUCAGAAACAGUUGGCUCGGCAGCAGCUGAAACCCUCUGCCUGAGUGAUGAAACUGAAGGUGGCCAAAUGGGAGAUGCUGUGCUUGAAGCCGAAACACGCUUUGAGGGUCAUAGCACUGCCACUGAGGCUUCCACGCAGGCUGAAGCAGACAGCACAUCUAAUUUAGCAGCAGCAUGCCCAGACAGCACUGAAAAUGGAGGCGCUGUCCUCAUUGACGUAAGUCCUAAGAAAUGUGAAAUGCCAAGCAGCUUAGCUGAAGAAGAGACUGUGGAAAAAGAGCAGGAACUUGUAGAAGCCUCAAACUGUCAAGACUGUCAGAAAGGAGAUGACAAAAAUGAGCAGUUGCUGGAAAGAGCCAAAGAACUAUUUGAUUCUGGGGAAGGGGAAGCUGUGAGAGGUGGUGAAUGUUCAACUGCUGUCCAGCAAGAGGUUUUAACUGGGCAAGAGGAAGGCUCUGAGUCAGCCUUCCCACAGGCUGAGAGCAUGGAGGCUCUGAAAGUGCCUGUGCCUGGAGCAGCUGCAGCAGUUGAAGAGCAUGUCAUGGCAGAGACCGUAAUGCCUGCAGACGCCACAGCCACAAGUGUCCAGCCCUUGGCAACCACACCUGAGCAAAUGGCUUCUGAAGAGCUCCUGGUUACUACUGUUGUCUGCUCAGGCUGUGGGACCGCGGAGCUUGGUAGUGCAGAAGCACCUGAGCCUCAAGUAGCUUCUGCUGCUGUGAACGGAAUACCAGAGGAGCCAGAGAGGCCCCAGCGUAUGGGGCAACCCGAACAGAAUGGUGUUGCCCUAAGUGACAGCCUGUCUCUCACCCCUACGGAAUUUGAGGAGGAUAGUGUUCACACUGUGACCGCACAGUCCCAGAGUACGAAAAUUGUAUUGAAUGCCAUCCAGACGGCUGUUCACAAAGUUGCAGAAGCAGAAGGGUCAGCUGCCUUUGAGUCAGAGCAGCGCAUCGAGUCCGUAGGGAAAAGCCCAUCAGAUACAAAUAAACCUGGGCUUGUGGAAAGUACGCAGGUGGAUCAUCAGCUUCCAGUAAAAGAGGAGGAGGUAGGGAGCAAAGACCAGGAGCUCCACCAAUCGGGAACAGUGAAAACUGCUACCUUAACAGGGUCUGCAGAAAUUCAUGCAACUGUAGAAGAACCAAAAGAUACGCUGUUAAAUUCUGAGAUGCUGAAAGACGGACAAAGUCAGAAUUCUUUAACAACUGAGACUAGCCCUGAAGACACUUCAAGGGAAACUGUGAGACUUCAGAAAUCAACACCAAAACUAAGCACCUCCGAAGAUUCAACCAAAGACCCCCUAGACAUACACCCACCAAAAUUAAGGGAAAAAGAAGUUGGGCAGGUUAUGGAAAUCCCAGACCAACAUACAGCUCAACAAACAUGUGGAGAAAGUGGGGAAGGACAACAUCACCUGCCAGUGGAAGACGGGAGAACACAGACGUGGGAGGACAAUAGUUGCCAAGAAGGCCUGUCUUGUGAUGGUCCACAAAGUCAGAACUCGGUGGUUCCUGAGGCCUUGAAUAUGCCUUCACUUGACCUACGAGUGGCCGCAGAUGCCGCUCAGCGCGUGUGUGAGGGGGAAGAUGAGGGCUGA